AUGAGCUCCGCUGUCGAGGACGGAGAAAUCUCAGGCGCUUCUCAACCCCAGGAAGAGGAGUAUCACCCACAAUACGAAUGGCCGGGCGACGACAACGAGUCUCGCCAGCCACGAAAUUCAUCUACCUAUAUACCUAUCCUCCGUCUGCUCGUCCAUCAAAGUGCUAUUUUACCGAAGAAACAACGUCUUGCUAUCUUGGACAACUACGCUGAGGUUCAGUUCGGCAGAGAUAUAGCUCCCCCUGCUACUGAUACUCCUCGUAUCCGUUUGAAAGAGAUGGAAGUAUCCAAGUUGCAUGCCACAGUCUUCUGGGAUGCGGAUCGGGCAGAAUGGGCUGCCGUAGACAUGGGAUCAAAGCACGGGACUUUCGUCAAGUCCAUUGCUCCUGAGGGAAUAAUUGGGCCGAAGCCGUCAGAUUUUUCCGGCCAUGAGUCAGACCGGAAAGGUGGUAGGCUGUCAAUGCCCCGCAUGGCGAGCGUUCCUCGACGGCUGAGGCAUCUGGAUAGACUUACCAUUGGCAGCACAACCUUUCAAGUGCACCUGCAUCCUGACAGAUUACCUUGCGACGGGUGUUCAGCUUCUGCCGAACAGGUAGGCGACGAGAUACCUGUUUUCAACUUGAAGAGUAGAGAGGGAGAGGAGGCGCCCGUAGCAGGGAAGCGCAAACGAGAAAUAGAGCCUAGAGAGGAUAAGGCAGCAGAUGCUAGGAAAGCCUUGAUGUUACUCAAACGAGGCCUCCUCAGUCGGCCUUCCGAUUCGGAUUCGCAACUAGAGGCUAUCACAGCAAGCAGGAUACAAUAUGUGGAUCGCUCAGCGCGUCGAAGGGCGCUCCAUUCCUCUUCCGCACCCGAUAGCCCAGGUCUUCCGUCUACCUCUCCUGCUUCGCCAACCGUUAGCCCAUUCCGGCAGAAUGUCAUCACCACGACCUCUGCACCUUCUACACCCCAUCCAACGCAUCCCGCACCGCUUACUGCCACGAACGUAGGCCAUCAAUUACUUUCGAAGCAGGGCUGGCAGCCUGGUACCGCUUUAGGACUGCCGAGCGUCGAUAUCGAAGACGAGAGGUGCAGACUCAUCGAACCCCUAGAAGUCGCAGCGCUUGCUCCUAGAGCGGGACUUGGAAUGAUGAGUCAAGGGUCGGCUAGGGUGUUUGGGAAGGCCGGGACACUUGGAUACCGAAGUGAUUCUCGGCAGUCUUAG